AUGGCUGCUUCCGGGAUCCACUGUAUGCAGAUUAACUUGCAUCAUUGUAAAGGCGCUUCGGCGAUUCUAGCCAGGAACUUUGCAAGGAUGCAGGCAGCUAUAGCCUUUGUUCAAGAACCUUGGGUUUACAAGGGUAAGAUUAGAGGUCUAAGUGGCUGUGGGGUGCUAGUUAGUUCACCACAGGAACCAGUUCUAAGGGCUUGCCUGAUCUAUAAAGGUCUAGAUGCUUUCCCUAUAUUGGAAUUAACUACCAGGGACUUAGUUGUUGUUAAGGCUAAGUACCUAGGAAGGAACGGAAAUAAAAGGGAGGUUGUAGUAGCUUUCGCAUAUUUUCCGGGAUCGGGGGAUGACUUCGCACCACCUACAGAGGCAGAAGACAGAGGCAGAAGACUUUUAGAUUUUCUGAUAGAUACAGAUUUAGAUAUUUUAAAUCAGGGUAGUGAGCCGACUUUCGUUACUGUUAACAGAAAAGAGGUGUUGGAUAUUACGAUCUGUUCCAAGUCUUUGUGUGAUGGCGUUAGGGACUGGAGGGUGUCUGAUGAAGAUUCCCUCUCGGACCACAGGCUUAUAACGUUUAGAUUGGAAUCGAAGGAUCGGUAA